UCUAGAAGCUUGUUGCGGUGGCGUGGGUUAUGGCUGCGGGUCCUGACGCAGUUUCUGCAAGACCAUAAAGUGGAUCCUUGGAACACUUGAUAUUUUGCUGGAGAGUGCCUUUUGGUGGCCUGUGUUGACACUCAAAGUCUAAAGGGGACUGAAUUCCUCCUGGUGAUACACAUUGCAAGCUGAAGUAGCCUGAACGAGAUGACAGCCAUCUCCCCAGAUCCUCACACUUUUGUCUCAAGUGAACAAAACAAGGUGCUAAGAAUGGAGACCCCUGUGGAUCAAGAAGCUCUCCUAAGAGGAGACACUGCUGACCCAGAGUUUUUCAGACAGAGGUUCAGGUGGUUUUGUUACUCCGAAGAGGCUGGACCCAGAAAAGCCCUGAAUCAACUGUGGGAGCUCUGCAUUCAGUGGCUGAGACCAGACAUUCACACGAAACAACAGAUUCUCGAGCUUUUGGUGUUUGAGCAAUUCCUGACCGUUUUGCCAGGGGAGAUCAGGAUUUGGGUCAGGUCACAACAUCCUGGGAGUAGCGAGGAAGUGGUGACCCUAGUGGAGGAGUUGACCCAAGUGCUUGAAGAAAAGGAAGAUAUGAUCUCUCAAGAUUCUGUUAUUUCUCAAGAGGAGAACCCUGAAGAAGAUAAAACAGUUUCUGUUCCUCCAAAUACUGAGUCCCAGGAAUCCAUGACACUCAAGGAUGUAGCUGUGACCUUUUCCAGAGGAGAGUGGAGGACGCUGGAGCCUUCUCAGAAGGAGAUAUAUAAGGAAGUGCUGCUGGAGAACUAUAGGAACCUUGAAUUUCUGGGCUUUCCAGUUUCCAAGUUAGAUUUGAUUUCCCAGCUAAAGUGGGCUGGACUACCAUGGCUGCUGCAAAAACAAGCCUCAAGAGGCUCCAGACGAGAGUGUGAACUUAGCGGUGAAUUGAAGGAAUCUGGCGGAAAUCAAGAUGUUCUUAUGGAAGAAUCAACUUUAGAUAAAAUAAUAGAAAGGUAUCUAAUGAGUGGUGAUUGUGACUUGACAGGAGAAUCCUGGAAACAUUAUGGCAGACUAGAAGAGUGUCAUAGUGAUAGGGAAUAUUCACAAGUAGCCAUCACACAAAAGAAAACUCAUGGGAGAGGCAAUAAGGGUGAGGAAUUUGACUCAGAAAAGAGCCCUUUUGGAAAUAACUUCAAACCACCUUCAGACCUAAUUAAACAUCUCAGAGUCUACUUAAGGAAGAAAUCUCGGAGGUACAAUGAAGGCAAGAAACCCUUCAGUUUUCAUUCAGACCUUGUCCCGAACCGCAAGGAACACAGUGGAGAAAAGCCACGAAAAUGUAAUGAAGGCAGGAAAGCCUUAAGUCACUCUUCAUCUCUAACUGAACAUCAGAAACAUCAGAAAAUCCAUUUGGGGGAAAAGUCCCAGAAGUGCAGUAGCUGUGGGGUAGCCUUUACUCAAAACUCAUCCCUUAGUAAGAGAAAAAACUCCUCUACAUGUGAAAAAUGUUGGAAAGAUUUAGGUCAAGAUGCAGCCGUAGAUAAAGAUGAGGGAACUGAGACUGGAGAAAAAACCCAUAAAUGCAGCAAAUGUGGAAAAGCCUUUGGCUAUAGCGCCUCACUGACCAAACAUAGGAGAAUUCACACUGGGGAGAAACCCUAUAUGUGCAAUGAGUGUGGAAAAGCCUUCAGUGACAGCUCAUCACUCACACCACACCACCGAACCCACAGUGGAGAAAAGCCCUUCAAGUGUGAUGAUUGUGGAAAAUCUUUCACCCUGAGUGCCCACCUCAUUAAACAUCAGAGAGUUCACACUGGAGAGAAACCCUAUAAAUGUAAAGAAUGUGGGAGGCCCUUCAGUGACAGUUCAUCUCUUAUUCAGCAUCAGCGAAUUCAUACUGGAGAAAAACCCUACACGUGUAACAACUGUGGAAAAUCCUUCAGUCAUAGCUCAUCCCUUUCCAAACAUCAGAGAAUUCAUACUGGAGAGAAACCCUAUAAGUGUGGUGAGUGUGGGAAAGCCUUCAGACAGAAUUCUUGCCUUACCCGACAUCAGAGGAUUCAUACUGGAGAAAAGCCGUAUUUGUGUAAUGAUUGCGGGAUGACUUUUAGCCAUUUUACAUCUGUGAUUUAUCAUCAGAGACUUCAUUCAGGAGAAAAACCUUACAAAUGUACCCAGUGUGAGAAAGCCUUCCCUACCCAUUCGCUUCUUAGCCGUCAUCAGAGAAUUCAUACGGGCGUCAAGCCUUAUAAAUGUAAGGACUGUGGAAAAUCCUUCAGUCAGAGUUCAUCUCUUAAUGAACAUCAUCGAAUUCAUACUGGAGAGAAACCCUAUGAAUGUAACUACUGUGGAGCAACCUUUAGUCGAAGCUCAAUCCUUGUAGAACACCUGAAAAUUCAUACCGGAAGGAGAGAAUACGAAUGCAAAGAAUGCGAGAAGACGUUCAAAAGUAAUUCUGGCCUCAUCAGGCAUCGGGGAUUUCAUUCUGCAGAGUAAUUCUUGGAAAUAUAGUAAGAUGGGCGGUGGGAUUUAGUCACAAUUGGCCCUUAUCAAAAACGUGGGGUGUAAACUACCACAACAUUGAUUAGUAGGAAAUUUAGUCAGAAUUGUCCCUUACUAAAAACUGGGGGUGUAUACUACCACAGCAUUGGUUAGUAGGAAAUUUAGUCACAUUAGUCCCUCAUUAAAAACCUGGGGUGUAAACUGCUGCAGCAUUGAUUAGUAGCUGCAACUUUGAUGGGUUGGCAGCUAGAAAAAAGAUACUUUUUGUCAUUCAUCCCUCUUCUUUGCAAGGAUGUCAACUUUCGGUAGAUAGUGAUUCAGGUUGGUAAAGUCACAUGAAAAGAAAGUAGUAGUAUGAGAUGUGAAAUGAUUCUGCAAAGCCAAAUGUGAAUUUUAAAAGCAGAAGAGGGGUGCACAGGGCCCAUCUUACUAACCUCUUAAGAUUUUCUUCUCUCCUAGCUUCUGCUUUCACUACCAUGUAGUUUUAUAGAAAGAGGACCUGACUGUAGUCAGGUAAUCUGGGUUCUGUCCCAGUUUGCUGACCAACUUCCAACAAAUCAUUUGACCUGUCUGAAUUUUAGUUUCUUUACUGGUAAAGUGAAGGGGUGGGACUAAUGAUUUCUGAGGUUUCUUUCUUUGGUACUUCUGGUACUUUCUGAAGCUCUGGGAAUAAGUUAAACAUUUUUGAUUCUUUGGCAUAUUCAAGUUUCCCUAGUAGAAAAUAACUCAUUUAAGCUACUGAACUUCUGGCUUCGUGACAACGCAGUAUGCUUUUUGAAUACUCGUUGCCAGAAUUGCUCAAAUGCUGCGCACAGGAACAAGUCAGUAGAGCUCAAACAAGUUUGCCUUCAGGGAUUGGACAAAGCACCGCAACCUGUUUUUCCUCUAGACUUUGGCCGUGGGGAUUGGGAAUCUCUGUGGCAUGCUCCUGGGCCGUCUCAGCCAUGAGAGUAACAGUUCUAGGAAAAUAGGUGAGGGGUUGGGGGGGGUAAACGGGUACUGAAAACAGCUAUUUUGGAUGGAUUGUCUUUUGCAAAAUAGAAUUCUAUUUUUAAAAAAGUUUGCCUAUACUAAGUACAGCUUCUUGUAAUCUAAGUGCAAACAUUCUGUAUGACAAAGGUCACAAGCUAAGAUUGGGCCCUUUUACAUGUUUUAGUUGGCCUGUAUGGUAAGGUGGUUGUGUGUGUGUGUGUGUGUGUGUGUGUGUGUGUGUGUGUGUGUGUAAUUAGUUGUCAUCAUUUGAAAAUUAGGAAAUUUCAUACCCACCAAAAAAGAGUCUUGUUUUUAAAAAUUAUAAGGGCUGACAGUACUGGGCCCAUAUUUCAGUGGGGCAGUCAGCUGGUCUCGGGUGUCAGCUUUUUUCAGGUAGCAGCUGCUACCAUUAGAUGGGGAGUCUAUUCUCGUACUUGCAAAGUUAUCUCAUUUAUGUAGCUUGACUUGUCCACCAUAGGAAACUGACAUUAUGAUCCUCUACCAUCUGGAGAAUACAUAUCCUAAAAUCUAAAGGGACUCCACUGAUAGUAAAAUUCGAGAAAAGAAUGUAGAAACAAUACAGAAUAAAUUU